AAUCUCUAGCUGUAACGAUUUGAGGGAUUGUAAAGCCUUAAGCUCUGAAAAACUUGUGAAGCAGCUUGGUCUGAUCAAGGAUGCAAGAUGA